AUGAAGCAGAUAAUCGACGAAACUCUAGAAAAGUUCCAUUGUCUAAAUGUUCUGGUCAACAAUGCGGGGGGAACACAUGGAGAGAAGUUCGUGAGUGAGCUGGAAGGUGAUCUGGCUGCAUUUGAUUACACGUGGAAGCUCAAUACGAGAAGCGUUCUUCGCCUCUGCCAACUUGCCUAUCCACAUCUUAUAGAUUUUCAGGGUGAGAUCGUGAAUGCGCCGUUUCCGUUCUACAGUAUCUCGAAGGCCGCCCAAGAUCAGCUCACUCGCAAUAUGGCAGUCCACUACAUCAAAAAAGGAGUUCGUGUCAAUAGUGUGAGGUGAGC